AUGUUUCGGACGGACCAGUUUAGUGUAAAGCCCGGUCUUAUUCCGCAAUAGGACAACAGCAGCAAGCUGACCAGCAAAUGGACGAGACUUAUCGACGAAUCACUCCGACAGCCUUGCAUAAAUAGGCACAUACAUUUACAACAGGACUCACGACAGGCUGAAGCAAUCAUCAGGGACACGAAAUGAUCAGGGAAGUGUCAAUGCUCGCGGCCAAGUCCAUCCAGCAAUACUGGUAUGCGUACUUCGGUGCGCUCCUAGUGACCUCGCUCAUUUGCAACUAUCUCUUCACGACGGUGCAGUCAAUCUACGCUUUACACAGCUCUCGAGUUGGACGCGCUCCUCCCAUCCUGCCAUAUACCAUCCCAUUUCUGGGACACUCCUUUUCCUUUCUCCAAGACACAGGGGCCUUUGUGCACAGCGUGAGAAAACGAUAUGGCAAUAGUCUCCCCGUCCAGGUCGUCUUGGGACCUAUCCGCGGAUAUUUCGUGUCUGGCCCGGACGCCGUACGCACGCUGCUCCGAGCUCCCCGAAACCUAUCUCCGAAGCCCUUCAUUGCGUUGGCGAUGGAGAAUAUGUUUGGCACUCCGAGCCAUGCCAUGCAUCUUUAUCGCAACGACAACUCAGGAAUCGACCCUACUCCACUGCCGGGGACGCACGUUCCACCUGAGCAGAGGGUCUACUUCCACCAACACCAGUCCGCCCAUCGGUUCCUGACGGGGCAGGCUUUGCGCCGAAUGACCGAGCGGUUCAUGCGUUUACUCAGUGAGGAGAUCAACGAUGAUACCCGGAUUGGCGGGGAAUGGGUGCAGCUGCCGGAUCUCAUUUACUUCUGGAAGAGUCGCAUCUUCCACGCGGCGGUCAAGGCGCUGUGUGGGCCCUACCUGCUGUCCCUGACCCCUUCAUUUGAAGAGGACUUCUGGGAAUACGUCGAUGAGAUGCCGACGCUGAUGAAGAGCAUGCCCCGCUGGAUGGUGCCCAAGGCGUAUGGCGCCCGCGACCGUGUCUUUGCAGCAGUGAAAACAUGGCAUCGCUUUGCCCGUGCGCAUUCCGACUACCGCCAGAAUAGCCCUGAAGACCCCGACUGGGAUGGGUACUGGGGUUCUUCCUGGCUCAAGGUGCGACAGCAAUUCGGCCGAGACACAGGGUGUAUGGAUGACGACGCGCUGGCAGCCGAAGACAUUGCCCUACUGGUUGCUGCCAAUGCCAAUGCCAUUCUCAGUGCCGUCUGGCUCGCUCUGCAUAUCUACAGCGACGCGGACCUAAACCAGCGCCUGCAGCCCGAGUUCGACUGGGCCAUCAUCCACGAUGCUGCACAAGAUGGUCCGCUGCAAUUCGAUCUCACUAAAUUGAUCUCCUCCCCUCUCCUGCAGUCGGUUUACUCUGAAGUUCUCCGGAUGCGCAUCGCCCUCAUUUUGAACCGGACUCCCACGCAGUCCGAUGUCCGGUUGGGACCGUGGCAGCUAGACAAAAGCCGGUUUAUUGUACUCUCAACCCAGGUUGCAGCUCACGACGAGGCGGUCUGGGGGCCAGACCGGACGCAAAAAGGCAAAUACCCUUUGAGCCAGUUCUGGGCUGAGCGGUUCCUCGUGCCGAACGAAGACAGCCAGGGGGGCGUGACCUUCUCGCAGGAUGGACUGUCCGGAGGGUUCAUCCCCUUCGGAGGUGGCCCUUUUAUGUGCCCUGGACGGCACUUUGCCAAACAGGAGAUUAUAGGAAGUAUAGCUGUGUUCAAGGCAUACUAUGACGUAGAGAUUGUGGACCGGCCGGCAGGAUGGUUGCCCUCUGCCGACAAAAAAUUCUAUGGCGUCGGUGCCAUGCCCCCCGGGGAGACCAUUCCGUUCCGCAUUCGGCGGAAGCAGAGCUGUUGACUUGUCAAUCCAUGAUGGUGAGAUAGGAGUUGGAAGGAACAAGAU